AUGGAGGGGUGUGUUACCCCCAUAAAAGAUCAGGGGGCCUGCGGCUCGUGCUGGGCCUUCUCAGCAACAGGAGCGAUAGAGGGGGCCCUCUGUGCUGCUGCUAUACGCCAGCAGCAGCAGCAGCAGCAGCAGCAGCAGCAGCAGCAGCAGGAGGAAGAGGAAGAGGAAGAGGGAGAGGAGUGGGAGAGAGAGGGAAGAGGAGAGAAACUUCUGCAGCAGCAGCAAACGAACUUCCUGCUGCAGCAACAACAACAGCAGCAGCAGCAGCAGCAGCAGCAGCAGCAGCAGCAGCAGCAGCAGCAGCAUUUGGAGGAAGAGGAAGAGGGAGAGGAGUGGGAGAGAGAGGGAAGAGGAGAGAAACUUCUGCAGCAGCAGCAAACGAACUUCACGCUGCAGCAACAACAGCAGCAACUGCAGCAGCAGCAACAGCAGCAACAGCAGCAGCAGCAGCAGCAGCAGCAGCAGCAUUUGGAUAUUAUAUAA